AAAGAGAAGAACCAUUAAGAUCAUUUAGUACACUUUCAGGAGAACAAGAAAAUGUACAAUCAAGGACCAACAGUCGGAAGAAUAAACCCUGCAUUCACUGACCCUCAGGAUGAACAGGAUCAUCUGGAGAAGUCAAGGAUGGGUCAGUCUGUGCAACCACCAUACUAUCCCAGCGCAGGAUACCAGAUCCCAAGAGUCAAUCCCAUCUCUUCUGGAUAUCCAAACCAACCGUACGGAGCUCCAGUAGGCCCUCAGGGCCCGUAUGUCCAGCAGUCAUAUCCAGGAAGGGCUGUGUAUCCCCAAGCAGCGUAUGAUGGUCAAACUGGUGUCACAGUUCAGCCGGCUGUGUUCAUGGCUCCAGUGCUAAUGGCUGCUCCGGAUUACUUGGGCUACUCCAUCUUUACCAUGCUGUGCUGCUGUUUACCUCUGGGCAUUGCUGCUAUUGUCUACUCGUGCUAUACUCGAGAUGCUAACUUGUCUGGAGAGCGAGAGUUAGCGAUGAGCAACUCCAGAAAAGCGUUUAUCCUGAACAACAUGGCUCUCGGUAUCGGCCUCACAAUCACUGCAGUGUCACUUAUCCUCAUAUUUACAGUUUGAACAGACGUUGUAUUCUGCUUCAGAUGCAUCUACUGAUACUGUAACUCAAGACAUUGAUUUUAUGGAAGAAAUGACAAAUAUUUUCCAGACCCUCUGAGGGAAUGAUCUAAUAUGGAUAUGUUUUAUGUCAUGUUGUGUUUAAUGCUGUCAGAUUGAUCUGUAAGCUGUAUGAUUAUCUGGGCAGAAAUCAAAACUUUUAGUUAAUAGGCUGAUUUAAAAUGUUUCUUUCAAAUAAAGC